UGAAAGAGGAAGACGAUGGACUGAAGUUGUCGCAAUGUUUUAUUUGAUUUCGGUGUGGUUUAAGAUUCUUAUUUAAAUUAAUACUUGUACUCGUAAUCGCCUGCAUGCCAUGAAGAAAGGGUGGCUCAAUCGCAGAUUUUCACUAGUCAUCCUUGCUCUCUUCGCGCUGCUUUACGCGCAUUAUCAAUGGGACGCCGGACGUCUGCUUUUGCCGACGGCUCUUCGUCGUCAACCUCCGGCGCCCGAUGCGCUCCGUCUGCCGCCCCGGACCCGUGUCACCACCGUGGGGUCCGGGUACCACCGAGGUUCCGAGCUGCGGCUGGAGGACAUCUUCAUCGCGGUCAAGACCACCGGAAAGUUCCACGGGACGCGCCUCGCCCUCCUUUUGGAGACUUGGAUCUCCACAACCAAGACGCACACGUUCAUUUUUACAGACACAGAAGAUGACCACCUGAUGGCCGAAGGUUACAACAUGGUGGUGACGGGCUGCCAGCCGGACCACAGCCAGCAGGCUCUGGCGUGCAAGAUGGCCGCCGAGUACGAUGGCUUUUUAGAGUCUGACAAGAGGUGGUUUUGUCACGUAGAUGAUGACAACUAUUUGAAUGGCAAGGCACUCCUCAGAAUGCUUGCCACCUUCCCGCAAGAUGGUGACAUUUAUGUGGGCAAGGCCAGCUUGGACAAACCAAUCACGGCGCAUGAACUCAUGGAGGGAAACACCACGAAAGAAGUAAAGUUCUGGUUUGCCACCGGAGGGGCAGGCUUUUGUUUGAGUCGACGUCUGGCUAACAAGAUGUCCCCCUGGGCUCGCAGCUCUCGGUUCCUGGAGACAUCAGAAAAGAUCCGCCUGCCUGACGAUUGCACGGUGGGCUUCAUUGUGGAGCAGCGUGUGGGAGUCUCUAUGCUCCACUGCCCCUUGUUUCACUCUCAUUUGGAAAAUCUCAUGCUGAUUCAGCGCGCCAGCAUCCAGCAUCAGGUGACUCUGAGCUAUGGGCUGUUAGACGGCCAGAUGAAUAGUGUGAAGCUUACAGGAAGUUUCGCCAAAGAGGAAGAUCCAUCCAGGUUCAAGACCCUGCACUGCUUGCUGUAUCCACUGACUAGAUGGUGUCCCUGAACCGUCUGCAAGAAAACCAGCAUCACAAGAUUGGGACUUCUAGAACAUUCUGAUGAUUGCCUUGAACACGUAUUUCACGACUACCUAUGCCAGUGACCUUUGGCAGGCUGGCUGACUGCCUAUUAGGUGGCUUUAUCGCCAAGGCGAUGUUCUUGUUAAAGCCAAUGCAUGGGCAGUGAAAAUAAGUUGUAACUUGUUUUCCUAACUUCCCUCCCGUUUUCAUAAGGGUUACUAAUGGGUCACUGCUAAUAUGUGAAUAUUAAACAGAACAUUAAAAAAUGGACCUGUGACAGGCUAGUUCCAGGUUUCUUUUUGCAAUAACAUGGCAUGUAUGUUACUGUCUGCACCACAUCAUGACCGUAUCCUUGUUCUUUUUUUAAAUUUGCCAGCCACACACAUUGAAUGCCUUUGCCCUUUAUAGCUUUGUGCUGCCCAUGGGCGUAGGUUUGCAUUGGGACAGUAGGGAUGUAACACUACCAACUUUUCAGCAUGCUCAAAUUGUCCCCACCAACUUUUGAGCAACCUUAUUUGCAUUAUAUAAUGACUUCAGUUAUUUAGGUAAUUUAUACUGUCUUGCCAUAUGUUUUAAGGAUAGAACUGACCCUCCCAUUAUUAAGUGAAUUACAGUACUUUAAUUAUGUUCAGACUUACAUUGACCCCUUUUUACUUGCUGAAUGUGCCAGUCCAUUUUUUUUCCCUCAAGCGCACAUUUGAUUGGCUGAUGACUUGACGCCCCCCCCCCCCCCCCCACGCAAUCACCCCCUGCCCCCGCGACAGAAAUACAACAUGGCACCUCCUCCGCCCCCUUUGAAGAUGAAGGAUAUUGGAAGUUUUUUUUCCGCUAGCAGCAGCCACUGUGAGUAAUGUAAAAACGUAAAUUUUGUGUAGGUCGGGACCACACCACUAAUUUUGCUACUGAAAGUCCGACCUGCAUCAGAGUUAGCAUAACAUUAAUCUGUGCAAAUUUAUUGAAUUUUUUGUGCGAACUCGAGGAGGAAGCUGCUGUGAGAGAAAUAUCCUCCUGGAUGUUUUCUCCUGUUAAUGUUAACUGAAGUAAACUGUAAGAAACGUAGUGAACCGAGGUUUACCCCUUUCUCCCCAGUUUUCAUUUUAUGUGGUCUUAAAGCAGCCCAAAGGAGCUUUCAGUUUUUGUUGAGUUUGGCUGUGCUUGUGGACAAAAGCAGUAGUGUUUUCCCUGAAGGAAGGCUCCAUUUUUAUUUAUUUUUGUUAUUCCCUGACUAAAUUUUUUUUUGUUAUUUUUGAUUUUAGUUAGAGACUUUUGAGUGGUAUUGAGAAUUUUUUUUUGCAUUCCUGGAUACUUAAGAGAUGGUUAACAAGCUUGUAUUUCUUGUGUAUGUUAAAAUAAUUUAUUUUAAAAUGAUGCAAUAUAAAUUUGCUAAUAAAAUCCAGAAAUUUAUUCUGGAAGUUUUAAAAAAUGGUUUCUUUAGUAGUUUCUGAAAACAAAGGUUUGAA